ACUCCCUUUAAUCUUUGGUAAACAAACUGAUUUAAUUGUAGUUCUUUUUCCUUGGUGAUUAAAUCAAUUCUUUAGUUUUUAAUUAUGCAUCUAAUUGAAUCAAUUAAACAUUACAUUAACCUAAUGGUCCAAGAAACUGGUGUUGGAAUGAAAUGUCUUCUGAUGGACAAAGAAACGACUUCCAUUGUGAGUAUGGCUUAUAGUCAAACUGAAAUGUUGGAUAAAGAGGUUUACCUAUUUGAACGUAUUGAUCGGAUCAGUUCUUGUGACUCAAUGAAGUACCUUAAAUGUAUCGUCUUUCUGAGGCCAACAAAGGAAAAUAUUGACCUUCUUAUUCAAGAAUUAAGAAAUCCCAAGUUUGGACAAUAUCAUUUAUAUUUCAGUAAUAUAAUCAGUAAUUCUGAUAUCAUGACAUUGGCUGAAUCAGAUGAACAUGAAUCAGUUCGUGAUGUUCAAGAAGUUUAUUGUGACUACAUAGCAGUUAGUCCAACAUUAUUCAGUGUUAAUGUUACUAAUGGAAGUUACCGAGGUUCUAAAUGGAAUACAUUAGCUUUACAAAGAUCUUUAGAUGGAAUCGUUGGUGUCCUUUUAUCUUUACAAAAAUAUCCCAACAUUCGUUAUCAGGCCUCAUCGGAAGCUUGUCGAAAAUUAGCCGAAGAAGUUAAUCAUCUAAUCAACAAGGAACAUUCACUAUUCACUAAUUGUUCACAGAAUUGGUCUAGUGAUUCUCCAUCUCCAUUAUUGUUGAUUGUUGAUCGUAAGAUUGAUUCUUUCACUCCUUUACUAAAUCAGUGGACUUAUCAAGCAAUGUUACACGAGCUUCUUACAAUCAACAAUAAUCGAAUUAAUCUUUCACACAUUCAAGGAAUUAGCAAAGAUAUGAAAGAAGUAAUCGUCUCUGCAGAACAGGACGAUUUCUAUGCCAAGAAUAUGUACAAAAAUUUCGGUGAAAUUGGAGUGAAUAUUAAAAUUCUGAUGGAAGAUUUUCAAGAUAAAACGAAAAGCCAGAAAAAAGUCGAAACCAUAUCAGAUAUGAAAGAUUUCAUUGAACAAUAUCCACAAUUUAAGAAAAUGUCUGGUACAGUUUCUAAACACGUUCUUCUAAUUAGUGAACUUUCCCGUUUGGUAGCGGCCCACAACUUAAUGGAUGUAUCCGAAGCAGAACAAGAAUUGGCCUGUCAAUCGGAACACUCUAAAUCAUUGAAGAAAGUCCGUCAAUUAUUGGAAGAUAAUCGAGUCCAAAAUAUUGAUAAAUUACGUUUGGUGAUGUUAUAUGCUCUUCGUUUUGAGAAUAAUUCAAAUCAAGAAAUUGGUGAACUAAAGAAAAUACUUAAAUCAAAAGGGAUAUCAGAUGAGCAAAUCAAAUCUAUUCAAAAUUUACUUAACUACGCUGGAUCUAAAAGUCAAAAUCAAACUCAAGCUGAUCUUUUAUCGACUGUAAAUGAAGUUUUCAAGAAACGGAUUAUCAAAGGUCUUAAAGGGAUAGAAAAUAUUUAUACUCAACACACUCCAGUUUUACGUGAGAUCGUUGAAGAUCUGGCCAAGGGUCGACUUAAGGUGAACAAUUUCCCAUAUUUAACCGAAGAUCGAUCUCAGGGUAUCGAAAAACCAACGGAAAUAAUUGUUUUCAUGGUCGGUGGGACAACUUAUGAAGAAGCGCUUCACAUUGAGACACUUAAUCGUUCCCAAGGAAUUCGAGUUAUUCUUGGAAGUACUUGUACCCAUAAUUUUACCUCUUUUCUCGACGAGUUAGGCCAUACAAGUCAAAGAAUUACAAUUUAAAUUUUCACUCUUAAUCAAUUCCCACUUCCAAUCAAUUGAAAAAGAAUCAAACUCUAAUCAAUAAUCUGGAAUUGGAGUAAAACAAAAGCUAAAUUGUCAAAGAAUAAACUUUUUCUUUUCCUUGCUUAAUGUAAACUCAAAAUGGUCACUGUUUCUGGUUCCUUUUUCUGGGAAUAAAUCUUUUCAUUGUCAUUGUCUGAAUAUCA